AUGACGUUAAAAGUUACAUUACGUUCUCUUGCACGACCUUUUGUGGUUUGCGAGAUUGGCACAGGAAGCAACGCGAAUUUUUGGUAUGAUAAUUGGACGGAACUAGGACCUCUGAUUCAUCUAACUGGUGAGAAAGGGCCUGCAGUCUCAGGUAUGCACAAAGACGCAACGGUGGCUGAUGCUUUAAGAAAUGGACAUUGGUGGUUAAGUGCUUCGCGAAGCAGGAACGCCAUCAUCUCGUUAUUGAAGCAGUGUCUGCCACCGGCCACUCCAAUAGUGCAGUCAUCAACUGAUGAUAGAUACCUAUGGAAAAUGGAAAACGAGUCUCCCACUGAUCAGUUCUCUACUGCAAAAACUUGA